AUGGGAAGUCCGUGGCACGGAGCACGUCCCUCGUUGUUGGAGGACGUGAACCCGCAGCACGGGAGAGCUGAAGCAGCAGAGCGCGGGCUACAUAAUGGAGCCAAGAACAAGGGAUAUGCUAGGAAACGCGGAGCUUCUGCUUCCCGAAAAUCCAACAGCAGACAUAUUCGAGCAGCUACGAUGUUAGCGGCCACUUUUAUGGUGCUGCUGUUGCUCGAUGCUCGUUACAGUGUGUCUAGCAGGUUGCGAUCAUACCUAGAGACACCGCAGCUACCAACGGGAGAUGAGAGCGUGCAAAAGUACAUGAGUGACUUCACUGAGGCAAUGGAAGCGAUGAAUGAAGCUUGGGAAUCCUCAGAAAAGCCUGUACGGGAAGCCUUCGAGAGACACUUUACACCGUCUCUCGACGACGGUCAAGAGCUCACUGGAAACCCGUUAGCGAUUAUCAAUAACCACGUGGCCAUGAUGCGAGAAUGUGAAUUCCCAUUUGAUUCUUCUGUGAAUGCACAGAAGGACUUCCUGCAGCACCUGCAGCUGCUACGGAGUAUUUGCCGCACAGUCACACUUCGCCUGGAGGAAUUGAAGUGGUUCGUGUAUAUGAAUAAGGAGUGUGAUGUGCCAGUCCCUGUUCCUGGCCACGACGGGCCUUAUACUUACACCUCUCUUGAGGUGCUGGAGGAAAGGGUAGAUGAUGGCUUGCAGGCAGAACAUUUCUUGCAGUCUGCGGGAUUCGUUCGCAGGAGAGAGACUCAGAAGGUUGACAAAAACCUAACUGAGAAGCUAAUAUAUCUGCUGUCUAUUGAAAACAAACAUAACGUUUGCAACUUGGUGGCUCGAUACUACUUCGAGCACUUUCUCCAACCCUCUGGAGAAGACAACGCCUUCAACUCCACUCCUCCCACUACCAAACAUCAAAUUCCAUAUAGUGGAGAAGCAUUUAGAACUGGAUCUUUCGCACGUCGUCGACGGGUUUAUAAACGUGAAUCUGAAAUCAAUACGAAUUAUGCAACCAUACGCAAGAUGCACCGGAUUGCGGAUAACUGGACAACCAAGGGUGUGCUGGAAGCUGCAAACGAGCAAGAGGAAGAAAAUGCUUACAACUUCGAAAGGCGGCUGCUGAAUAAAAGGGAACAAAUGCGUGUGCUGCUUAAAGAGGGCAUACCGUACGAUGAUUUG